AUGAAGCGCCUACAGGUCGACAGGCGUAACUUCAAUGCCUACAAAGAAACGGUGAACAAGAUGUUUCAGAUGUUCCCAAGAAAUACCGAAGUUGAACCACCCAGCCGCGACCGGUGCAGGACUUGUGCUGUGGUGGGCAAUUCUGUGAAUUUGAAGCGAUCACAUUACGGACCUCUCAUAGAUUUCCAGGACUUCGUCAUAAGAAUGAACAGAGGUCGAAUCAAAGGCUAUGAAGCGGAUGUUGGGACCAGGACAACUCAUCAUGUCAUGUAUCCAGGGAGCGCUAUGCAUUUAGACAACACCACACAUCUCGUGCUGUUUGCCUUUAAGAUACUGGAUCUUGAUUGGGCUAUGAAGUCCCUCAACACAGGAAUCUCAUAUAAAGAGAGAGCACUCAAGGCCAAUAUGGACUUGGUGAUGGUUCUUAAUCCAGCUUUCAUGAGGUAUGUUCAUGAAGUGUGGCUAAAGAAGAAGGGCAAAUAUUCAUCCACUGGCUUCAUGGCUUUGGUUCUCGCCCUGCACAUGUGUGACGAGGUCCAUGUGUUCGGCUACGGAGCGGACCGUCAAGGAAGAUGGAGUCAUUACUGGGAACGUAUGAAAAGAGGGAAGUUAAAAACUGGAGUGCAUCAUGGAGAUGUGGAGUAUGCACUGAUCAAUGAGCUUGAUCAGAAUAAAAGACUCACAUUUUAUAGGGGGGGGUGAUUUUUCUCUCAGCGUUUAACGUAUUCAAGCCUCGGGAUUGAAUCUCAUCCAGAGCUAAACGAGACCCAGAAGCCUUCAGGAGACGUCAGGUGACGUCUGUUCUCAGACUAUUCUAACAUUAAUGAAGUAGUGAGUUCAGGGGAAAUUAAUUUAAAAUCGAAUGUUUAUUAAAAUUUGAACGUGAUAGCUUUUUACCAAACAGCAUAAAUUGUUUCAAGAAACGUUU